CCCCACCUCUCUCAGGCCUCAAGGAGACCCGUGGCCCCACAUUUCAUUUGGAGGGAUCCAAGAGCCUUCGCCUGCUUCAGCCAGGCCCUCUGGAGCCUGAGGAAGCAGAGCGGGAGCUGUUGACACAAGUCCAACCUAUGCUGGCCUCUGUGGGACAAGGGUACAACAUGGCCCUGCUGCUCCAGGGUCGGGAAACAGAGGCACCCUGGUUUGUGCCUCAGGUCCUGCAUGCGCUGUUUGAGGAAGCACUGCCUCUCUGUAGUUCGGGUCCUGUGCUUUGCAUGCUCAGUCUGGUGCAGAUUAGCCCCAGUGGGCAGACUCGGGACCUGCUCUCCCCAUGCCUGGAGGACUUGCCAGUACUGGAUGUGGCCCCUCUGGGCUUGGUGGUGAAAGACGCCAGUCAAGUGGAAGUGUCUGAUGCCCAAGCUGCCUCUGAGCUGUACCUAAAGGCUGCUGGGAGUGGCGGCAGAGACUGCCCCCUGCUGCGAGUGCUGGCUGGCGAAGCUGCCGCUGAGGAGGAGGUGGAGGGCUCUCUGCCGUGGAUAGUCUCCUGGCUCCUGGAGGGAAACAGCUACAGUAGCCUUCUGCUUCGCCUGGACCCGCAAGGUAGCCCAUUGAGUUUGCUCCAGAAUGCUCUGUUGGGGGCCUCACGAAAGAGGGUGCAGGUGAAAGAGGUGAGGCCCACCCUGUGGAACGCAGUAGAGGAGAUGAGGGCCUGCAGGGCCACCCUGAAGAUGCUGCGUUUAGGCCUCCUUGGAGACACCUUGACAGCUGGUGGGUUGAACAAACUAGGCAGAGCCCUCUGGGAGCUACAGGUGGUAAAAGCCUGGGGCCCAAGAAGCCAUGCACCCAAAGACGCUAGAGCUGAGUCUGUGGGGCUCCCUGAGCCACAGGUUAAGAGCGAGCCACUGAGCUACUGCAAGCAGGGAAGAUUCUCCACUCAUUCAUCAGAGGCAGGAAGAAGAGGGUUUCUGGGGUCUGGCCUCCACCAAAAGCAUCCCCUCAGGCACUCUGAGGAACAGGCCCAUCAGGCACCAGAUGUGGCCCUGCAGUUCUUUCUGGCACAGGCCCAGAGGCAGAGACUUCGAGAGGAACACCAGAUUCGGAUCCAGAGAGAGCUGGAACUUUUGGAAGGACAGGAAGAAGUGGCCCGUAAACAGAUCAAAGGCACGGUGGCAGAAGAGGCUUGUGAGGAGGAAGGGAGACGGUGGAAGGAGCAGAUGGUGCUGAAACUUCAGGUGGAAGCCCUGCAGGCCGAACGGGACAUGGCGGAGCAAGAUCUAGUGGCCCUCUAUGACUUGUAUGUACAGGCCACCCGAGCUCGGACAUGCCACUUGCUGCAGGUAUUCCAAGCCUGGCAGGAGCUGUGGGAGGAAAAGGCCGUGGCCACAGAACAGCAGUACCGCAGUCUGCUAGCUGGAGUCCUCCAAGACACCAUUGAUCUGGCCUUGAGGAACCAGGAACUCCAGGCCCAGAACCAGCAGCUUGAGCAGAGUGCAGGCAGGACCAACUGAGCUGGAGUCCUGCCAGGAGAGAAGACUGGUCAGGAACAUUUUGGGGAGAGGAAGGUCUACUGA